AUGGCACCAGAUCAGCCCCAAAUGGGGAGUCCAAUCAUUGACCCCACAUCUGCACCGUCAACACCUACCACUUACGACCAUAGAGACUCUUUGGUAGAGACUAAGUCACGCAAUUCGCGGAGUGAGUCUGUGCUUCUGCCAGAUAGCCCACUCUCCGGAACAGACUCUCUCGGAGGAGAGGUAUGGAUACCACGACUGAGUGGAGGACUUAAACGUCUCCAGUACGGUGGUAAAACCCUGGAAUUCGCACAGACGGCAGGGAACCAUGGCGUUGGGACUCCAAGACGUGACGCUGGUAACACGGAUGAUCGACAGGACGAAAAUACACCGGUGCCGUCAGUACCUCUAGCACUUCCAGUAUCCCCACCCAGAUCUGUUGCAGGUUUGAAGGUUUUUAAAAAGCCCAAUCGACAUCUGAGUAGCCAUGAGAACGUCAACUAUGCAUGGCCUAGAGAAACUGGCUGUAUUAAGGACCCAAAGGAAAGUACCAGGGAGGAAGACGAUGACCGUGAAGGGAGUUCCCUAACUGGAUGCGAAUACGAAUCUGAUGAUCUUGCAGAAGACAUCAGCCAUGGUCUUGCGUAUGGUCAUAGAAAACAACCAACCUCAACCUCCAGCCCUUCUAGUGGCGAAUAUGUUCCGGAUACUGUUAACGAAUCACUAAGGGAAAGGUCUCAAGAUCAAACAAACAACUAUCCUCAUAGAUCAUCGAUCCAUGAACCAGUCUCUAACGUCGCUAUUCCGGAGAACUUAGCAGUGGCAGAGAAAAGUUCUCGGUUCAAAAUUCUUGGUAAGAACGGGUUUUUUACGAGCUGGAAAAAAGCGACAAAGACCGUCAACCUGGAAGAGAAGGGCCUUGAAGAAAUACCAAGAGAUAGACAUUAUGAAGGGUGCAUUUUAUGUCCACCCCAGCCAUCUCCGCGGUCUUCUGUUACUAGCACAGUUGGAGCUCCAGAGCUCUACGCACCUAGUGGACAGAACCCUGGGCCACCACCACUGACACCGCCCCCUCCCCGCCAGGCAACAAAGAUAUCAAAGGGAAAUCUCCGGCUCCUCAAGAAUCCUUAUUAG